AUGUUCGUACAAACGCUAGUGGGCGCGACCCGAGUUUGGUGGGAUAGCCUGCCUACAGGUGAAACAGACAGCUUUGAAGAUUUAGAAUCGAAAUUUAUCUUACAGUUUAGCCAGCAGCGCAGACACACGAAAGAUAGAAACGAGCUCCUCCACAUCCGUCGGCGAGAUAAUGAGACAGUAGAAAACUUUAUCAUCAGGUUUAACAAGGAAAGCCUGGCGAUCCCGGGUGUGACAAAUGAUCUGGCAUGUGGAGCUUUCCUUCAGGGGGUCAAUGAUGACGAGUUACUGAGAACGCUACAUGGAAGGGAUGGUGUACCCCCAACAAUCGAUGAAAUACUUCGAAUAACCAAAGUAUACGUCAUACAAGAGAAGGCAGUGGCAGCUAGCCAUGCAGCCAAUAGGAAAAAAGAAGCCCUAAAGAACCAGGAGGAAAAAGAUCACCGGGGAUCUAAAGAUAGACACCGAAACUCCUAUUCAAGGAAUGAGCCGUCGAAACCUCGAUCCGAAUACCCCAACUUAAGCAAGACACCGGCUGAAAUUUUAGGCUCAGAAAACCUCUGGUUUAACCCACCAAAACCACUGAAAGAUAACCUUAACAAAGAUACGAGUAAAUACUGUGAGUACCACAAAGGGAGCGGGCAUGACACCAACGUUUGUUUUCAGCUUAAGAAACAGAUCGAAUAUUUUGUAAAAGCGGGAAAAUUGGCACACCUAGUAAGAGAUAUCAAGCAAGGCCCACCUGUCGUCAAGGAUGAAAGUGACAAGGCGGCAGGCAAGAGGCCGCGUGAAUUGAACAUGGUACACGCGGAUAUGAGAAGGGGGGCAAAACGAAGUUUCUCCACGCUCGAACCCUGGAUGUUGGCAACAAUGACCAUAGAACCUCGUAUGGAGGACUUGCACCUCACUACAGAUGCCCUGAUCAUAUCCGCAGCAGUAGGAGACUACCGCAUGAGGCGAAUCCUGGUCGACACCGGGAGCUCGGAAGACAUUAUCUAUGAGCAUUGCUUCAACAGAAUGCAACCAGAAGAUAGAAAGUUGCUUGAAUCAGUACACGCCCCCAUCAAAGGGUUCACAGGGGAAAAGGUUGACCCUAUCGGUCAGAUCACUUUCCCGGUAACUUUUGGGCAGUCACCUAAAGAAAGAACCAUACUCCUGACCUUCCUUGUGGUCCGCGCUGAGUCAUACCAUAACGUGAUAAUCGGAAGAUUCACCCUGGGAAAAUUGGACGCCAUAGUCUCCACGGCAAGAGGUUUCAUGAAGUUUCCUACACCGCGAGGUAUUGCUACUGUGUUUCGUGACAAGAUUGGAGAAGUACUGAGUACCAAAAGAUGCCGCCAAGGGCCCACCGGAGCCACGGGCCCAGAAAGAUGGGUACUAAGCACACGCCAUCCGGACCAGAUGGUCACAAUCGGGGAUACUUUGUCUCCAGAAGUUAGAAACGACCUGAAGCAACUGUUAAAAAGAAAUGUUGACAUCUUCGCUUUUGAGCAUUCUGACAUGACAGGAGUCCCCCGUGAUAAAGCAGAACACAAACUUGCAACGCUCCCAGGCGUUAAGCCGGUCGCACAGGGUAAACGUAGCAUGGCCCCGGACCGACGGGCAGCAGUUGUCAAAGAAGUACGAAAAUUAGUGGAAGCUGGAAUCCUCAGGGAAGUGCAAUACCAUACAUGGGUAUCCAACCCGGUUAUGGUAAAAAAGCCAGAUGGCAUAUGGCGAAUGUGUAUUGAUUUUAAAGAUCUAAAUAAGGCGUGCCCUAAAGACGCAUACCCGCUGCCCGAGAUUGAUUUAAAGGUCGAUUCCUUGGUACCCUACCGAUUCAAAUGUUUCCUGGACGCGUACAAAGGGUACCACCAGAUCAAGAUGUCCAAAGAAGAUGAAGAAAAAACAGCGUUUCACACCGAUGUGGGCAUUUUUUGUUACACAAAAAUGCCUUUUGGUCUACGGAACGCCGGAGCUACCUAUCAGAGACUCAUGGACAAGGGAAGAAAAGCAAAUGUUAGCAGACAUCGAAGAAACUUUCAGCGGCUUAGAGAGUAUAACAUUAAAUUAAACCCAAAGAAAUGCUCUUUCGGGGUGGAAGAGGGGAAGUUCCUGGGGGUAGUAGUCACCCGAGAUGGCUUCAAAGCCAACCCAGAAAAGGUGGCCGCCAUAACGCGGAUGCCUUCCCCACGAACAUUGAAGGAAGCUCAAGCCCUGAAUGGGCGGUUAGUGGCAAUCAACAGGUUCUUGGCAAGACACGCCGAGAAAUCCCUGCCUUUCAUAAAAACGUUAAAAGAUUGCCUCAACAAGAAAAACUUCAAAUGGACCAACGAAGCGGAACAAGCUUUGCAAGACAUGAAACGCUUCAUAGAAGGAUUACCCAUGCUGACAGCACCAAGGCCUAAUGAAGUAUUAAGGAUGUAUUUAGCGGCAGCUCAUACCGCGCCGGGUAUUAGCGGGGCCCGAAACGCGGUAUCACACGCUAGAAAAGCUGGUCUUAGCAUUGGUACACGCCACGCGGCGACUGAGAAGAUAUUUUCAGGCGCACCGCGUGCAGCAGUUAAGGGGCAAGUAAUUGCUGAUUUUCUAGCCGAAAUACCUGAAGGAGAAGCUAUCGCGGACCCAGUCGUCCAGGACAUCCCGGAAUCCAGCACUGCCCGGCAAACCUGGAAACUAUACACAGAUGAGUCAUCUAGUGGAAAGGGAUCUGGAGCCGGUUUAAUGCUGAUAAGCCCAGAUGAGAUCAGGCUGAUGUACGCCUUACGCUUCGACUUCGAAUGUUCUAACAACGAAGCGGAGUAUGAGGCACUAUUAGCAGGUCUAAGAAUGGCGAAAUCUAUGGGGGCGGCAAGGGUAGACGCGUAUGUUGAUUCGCUACAGGUCAACAAUCAGGUAAACGAAACGUACGAAGCCAAAGAUGAAUCAAUGGCAAAAUACUUGGCGAAAACAAAGGAACUCAAGGAUUCUUUUGACAACGUCACGCUCAAUCACGUGCAUAGAGGCAAGAAUCAGAUAGCAGAUGCUCUCAGCAAACUCGCCACCUCAGGUAUGGAAAAGGAAGUCAAAGUCGAAACGCUGCAGACACCGUCAAUCGAACCGCGGAAUGUUUCCGCUGUUACAGCGGAAGAUCCUUGCUGGUACACCCCGGUUCUACGAUUCCUGGAAACGGGGGAGCUACCUCCCGCCAAGGGCGAAGCACAGAAGAUACAAACGAAAGCGUUGCAAUAUGAGAUCAAUAAUGGUGUCUUAUACAGAAAGUCUUACCUGGGCCCACUGCUGCGAUGUGUCUCCCCAACAGAGGCAAAAUAUCUCAUCAGCGAAAUACAUGCGGGCCUAUGCGGCAUACACGCUGGACCCCGGGCGGUGGUAGCCAAAAUCCAUAGCGCGAGAUAUUAUUGGCCUGGGAUGCACGAAGACGCUGUAACAGAACUUCGAAAAUGCCGCAGCUGCCAGAAAUUCGCUUCUCAAACAAUAAGGCCCAAGAACAGCCUAGUACCGGUGACAGCAGCAUGGCCUUUCCAGAAAUGGGCCGUUGAUAUCGUGGGACCCUUCCCGCCGGCCCCUGGAAAGCUAAAGUACCUAAUCGUGGCGGUUGACUACUUCACCAAGUGGGUGGAAGCUAAGCCUUUAGCCAAAAUAACGGCGGACAAUGCCAAAAAAUUCCUCUGUGAACACAUAGUAUGCCGGUUUGGAUUACCACUGUACCUGGUAAGCGAUAACAGAACACAGUUUACAGACAGAAUUUUCCAAGAAUGGUGCACUCAUCUCCACAUCCAACAAAUCUUCACGUCAGUAGCACACCCCCAAGGAAACGGCCAGGUAGAGCGGACAAACAGAAGUUUGCUGAAUGGCAUCAAAAAACGAUUAGGCCACGAGGGAAGCUCCUGGGUGGAAGAGUUGCCAAAUGUCCUCUGGGCACACAGAACAAUGCCCAAAACCAGCAACAAUGAAACCCCAUUUAGCCUAACCUAUGGAGCGGAAGCAAUGAUACCCGCUGAAGUGGGAUUACCAUCACUACGCCGCCUCAACACAGGCGAUGACAAUGAUAGAUCUCUAAGAGAAGGCCUGGACUUACUGGAGGAAAGGCGCGAGGCAGCCGCCAUCAGCGAAGCAAAAUACAAGAAGGCAUUGGAAAGAUAUUAUAACAAGCGAGUGGCCAAACAGAAUUUCAAAACAGGAGAUUACGUCAUGCGUGACAAUGAAGCGAGUAGAAUGGAACCUUCAGGCAAGCUGGGCCCAAACUGGGAAGGCCCUUAUGUCAUUCAAGAAGAUCUGGGCAAAGGGGCCUAUCGCCUAUCUCGGCUAGAUGGCACACCAGUACCACGCAGUUGGAACAUCGCUCAGUUAAGGAAAUGUUACUUAUAA